CCAUGUAACAUUUUGACGAACAUAUUUAUUUUAAUGCAAUAUCACCCCCUGUGCCAGGAAGUUUUAAUUAGCACACUUACUGUAUUUAUAAAUUCGCCUCUUAAUUGAUCCGCACAGUGUAAUAUGCUAAGCCGAUGAAUCUAUAUAUAAUACAUUUAUAUGUAGCACUCAUAUGGAAUGGCUAAGUUACAUAAAACAUUUAACUGUGUUUUUUUUAAUUAAACUAAGACAAUAAAAAAGAUGGGAAGUUAAUGUGUUUCAAGAGAAAGAUUCAUGUUAUAUGAUAUGGAUGUAAACCGUGGAGGGAAAAUGGCAACUGCAAACACUCAAAAUCGAGUUUACCUUUUCCGUCUACAAGUGCUUAUAAUAGAUGGAGGACUUCUAGUAUUACGCAAUAUACUAGACCAGAAGCUAAACGUUCAGAACAUCUCUCUGAGUACAUGUCUGAGUCAAGAAAAGACGACAAUUACAGACCUGAAAAGAAAAAAUGUAAUAACUCAAGUCCAAUUUGAUCAACUGUAUCCGCCGCCAGGAGGAAAACUUCCAUCUACAGUAGACUUUGACAUUACGCUUAUAAUAUGCCUUCUCAGGAAUCUCAAAUGUUGUGGUUUCAAUCAAAAAUUCAAGUGGAAUGUUAUUCCCAAUGCAUCAGACGUAUCAGUGGAGGCUGAUACCUACAGACUCAAACUGUACAGGGAUGAGAUCAGUCAUAUCUCGACGACAACAGGAAUAAAACUGGUAGAUUUCCGUUUUAAGUGGACUGAGAUAGAACAGAUUCUUUUGAGGCUUAACAAUUCGGUGAUGAAUCCGGUUCCAAACUUACAGCAGACAAUUGAUGAUAUUAAACAAAGUCCACUAGAUCCAGAAGCAGAGGAAAGGAUACAAAAAGAAGUGGAUGAGUGGAGAAAACUUGAAAAGGGUGUAGAGGUCGAUUUAAGACAAGUGAAACUAGAUACUCAAGCCAUAAAGGAGGAGGUGAAACAACAAAACACUAGUAUGCAGAAGAUGACGGGAAAAGUGGACGAAAUAGAUAAGCGCACGUCAGAAUUCAUAAGGGGUACACAAAGCAGGGUAUCUGAUCUUGAGAAACAAAUAACCAAGAACAAUGAAUCAACACAAAAACAGAAAGAACAAAAAGAGAUCAAUGCACAAGAAUCAAUAGCAACAAGAAUUCAGAAUGCAGGGUGUCCUGCAAGCAAACAGAAACAUGCAUAUGCUAUAGCAACAUAAAAUAAAAUAAAAGCAAAUAAAACAAAACCAAGCAGUGAACUAGUACGAAAAAGCUAGCUACAUGUGGACAGUAUAGUUUUAUGAGAUCACUUUUUCUACAAGGACGAUUGACAGACUAGAAAAAAACGACUGAAAAUUCAUCAUUCAUGAAAUACUAAAAGAAAUUGAACCAAACAAGUCAUUAACCAACCUCCACGAAGGAAUAUUGUCAAACAAUCAUGCCUGCCUCCAAGCAAAUCACGUGAUGACGGUUCAACCAUGAUAUUCUAAAAUAGAGACGAUCUUGGCAACGCCUGGUAAUUCAAAUGCUUGCCAUAAUCUAAAAGCAAAUUGGCAUUUAUGUCAAAACCCUUAAGAACAGCAAGAGUGUGUCAUAACACAAGAACAACGAAGUAAUUAGGUACUUCUGCAUUAUUUCUUAGUGUUUUUUUUUUUUUGUUCUCGUUUAAUAACAAAAAUAUAUUUAACUACUGAGAUAAAUACCUUGUACAACAAAUUUAAUAUUGUGAAAAUUAUACCAGCUGGCAGUGUUAACUGUACCGACAAUGACACUGUGUUGGAGUUUGGUCAUGAAAAAGGAACAGGUCAAUGGAUAAUGUCUGUGUGAAGUUAGCAGAAAAGCAGAAUAAUUCCAGCAGAAUGGCAGAAUAGCAGAAUAGCUGAAUAAUUCCAGCAAAAUGGCAGAACAGCAGAAUAGUAGAAUAGCCUCAUUAGAAUAGCAGAAUAGCAGAAUACCUCCUGCAAAAUGGCAGAAUAGAAGAAUAACUUCAGCAGAAUAGCAGAAUAGCAGAAUACCUGAAGCAGAAUGGCAGAAUAACAGUAUUACUCCAGCAGAUUGGUAGAAUAGAAGAAAACCACCAGCAGAAUGGCAGAAUAGCAGAAUAGCAGAAUGGUAGAAUUGUUUCAGCAGAAUGGCAAAAUAGUAAAAUAGCCGAAAACCUCUAGCAGAAUGGCAGAAUAGCAGAAUAACUCCAGCAAAAUAUCAUAAUAACUACAGCUUAAUGGCAGAAAAGCGGACAGUAGAAUAACUCCAGCACAAAGGCAGAAUAGCAGAGUAGCAUAAUAACUCCAGCAGAAUGGCAGAAUAGCAGAAUACCUCUGGCUGAAUAGAAGAAUAGCAGUAAAACACACCAGAAUGGCAGAAUAGCAGAACAGUAGCAUAACUCCGGCAGAAUGGCAGAAUAGCAGAGCAUUUUAAGCAGAAUGACAGAAUAGCAAAUUAACACUGGUAGAAAAGCAGAAUAGCAGAAAAACUCAGCAGAAUGGAAGAAAAGCAGAAUAACUCUAGCAAAAUAGCAGAAUGGCAAAAUAGCAGAAUGGCAGAAUAGCAGACAAGCAAAAUACCUCAAGCAGAAUGCCAGAAUACCAGAAUAUCUCCAGCGGAAUGGAAGAAUAACUCCAGCAGUACGGCAGAAUAGUAGAAUAACUCCAGCAGAAUAGCAGAAGAACUCCAGCAGAAUAGCAGAAAAACUCCAGCAGAAUACAAGAAAUGCAGACCAGCAAAAUAACUCCAACAGAAUGGCAAAAUAGAAGAAUAAUCUCAGUAGAAUGGCGGAAUAGCAGAAUAGUAGCAUAAUAGCAUUGCAGAAAACUUCCAGCAGAAUAGCAUCAUGGCAGAAUGGCAGAAUUGUAUCAGCAGAAUGGCAAAAUAGUCGAAUAGCCUAAAACCUCAAGCAGAAUGGCAGAUUAGCAAAAUAACUCCAGCAAAACAGCAGAAUAACUACUGCUUAAUGGCAGAAAAGCAGAACAGUAGAAUAACUCCAUCACAAUGGCAGAAUGGCAGAGUAGCAAAAUACCCCUAGCAGAAUGGCAGAAUAGGAGAAUACCUCUGGCUGAAUAGAAGAAUAGCAGAAAAACACAGCAGAAUGGCAGAAUAGCAGAACAGCAACAUAACACCGGCAGAAUGACAGAAUAGCAGAGUGAUUUAAGCAGAAUGACAGAAUAGCAAAAUAACUCUGGCAGAAAAGUAGAAUAGCAGAAAAACUCACAAGAAUGGCAGAAAACCAGAAUAACAGCAAAAUAGCAGAAUAACUCCAACAGAAUGGCAGAAUAGCAGACCAGCAGAAUAACUCCAGCAGUACGGCAGAAUAGUAGAAUAACUCCAGCAGAAUAGUAGAAUAACUCAAGCAGAAUGACAUAAAAGCUCCAGCAGAAUGGCAGAAAUGCAGACUAGCAGAAUAACUCCAACAGAAUGGCAAAAUAGAAGAAUAACCUCAGUAGAAUAGCAGAAUAGUAGAAUACCUCCAGUAGAAUGUCAGAAUAGCAGAUUAACUUUAGCAGAAUAGCAAAAUACCUCCAGCAGAAUGGCAGAAUAACAGAAUUACUCCAGCAGAAUGGUAGAAUAGCAUAAUACCUACAUCAGAAUUGCAGAACACCAGAAUGGCAGAAUAGCAGAAUGGCAGAAUGGAAGAAUAGCAUAAUGUCUCAAGCAGAAUUGCAGAAAAGCAGAAUAGCAGAAUACCUCUGGCUGUUAACUUCACAUAGAUUGACAACAUGGGAUUUACCUGAGCUGUUAUUAAUUGCGAGAAGAAAAUGAUCUUUGUAGUUUGAAAAACUACAUGAUCUUGUUAUGAAGAAAAUAUGUUAAGUGAAAUGUUGUUAUGUUGUUUUUUGGGGUCUUUUUUUUGUUUUGUUUUUUUCAAGUUUCUGCCUCUCACUUUGGCAUGCUCCCCUGUUUUGAAAUAUGUCUCCUGAUAUUUUUAGAAAAUAAUAUGUCUAUAACCAAAAUAAUAAUACAGUAGUAUUAUGUUUAUGCUAAUAUAUUUUAGCAUAUAUAACUAUAUAUAAUACAAAAUUACAUGAAUACCAACUAUUAGCAUAUCUUCCAAUUCCAACUGGAAGUACAAUAAGUCAAAACAAAAUUCAGCUGUAAAGGUAGAAAGUAUUCUGGUUUCUACAGCUGAAAAAGCAAUAAGAAAAAUUGUAAAAUCAUCAGGUACAGUUUAUAUUUAUAAUGAUAUCUAAAGUUCUACAUAACAAUUAAAUUAUAUGGAUGCGCAUGACAUUCUACUAAUGCUGUUUUAAGAACAACAUUUUUUGUAAUCUAUCUACUAAGCUAACUUUACACGCUCUGUUCCCAAUCUAUCAAACUCAUCCGCAUUAAAUAAUAUUACUACUUAUUAUUCAGAACAGCAGUAAUUAAGGCAUAAAAAUCAAUUACAAUGAUAAAAUCAAUACGUAAAAAAAAAAACAAUUUUUAUCAAAAACACACAAUCGACAAGAUAUGUCAACUGCAAACAAAAUUACUUGUUCUGCAUUAUCUUCUGGAUUUAAAACAAAAUUUUACUAUGAUAUUCUCCCGUCACUAUUAAGCAAAAACUUCAAUAUCAGUUUCUCACGACUGUUGAUACAUAGCAAAAUAAUCAUUCCCUAUUGGCCCGUUGCGGUUUCUGACAGGAUUUGUAAUUUGGUAAUUCCAUAGCAUUCUCAGAAACAUUUGUAUUUAGAUAAAGAAAAUUGGGAGAAGACACAAUAGGCUGUUAGGCAGGAGUUUCAUCUAUGGUUCAAAAAUAAAUACACGUUGCUCUGACUUCUUGUCGUAAGUCUGGUCAACUAUACUCGCACGCAAAUAAAGAUGCUGUAACUCUAGCUACAUGUAUGUAACUACCAU